AUGUUGAGUAGAGAAACUCUGCUCUGGACUAAUUUCCUGAACAGAUGUCCUGCUCCACUCUCGAGAUCGCCGAUACUGCACUCUAGCCCUGACAAUUGCUCCUCCUUGCAAACCAAUGCUUUCUUUUUGUGCAAUGCCUUGAAAACAAGAGAUUGUUUAGGCAUUUCGAUUUGCUUCGACAAGAGACGGAGUGUGGACUCCAGGAGAGACACCGAGAUCUCUCUAGCCUUGGCCAACAGCAUGACCAUGCUACAAUCUGCAGGAGCCUUCUUCGCGGUCUUCUUGAAAAGAUUCUUGGACUUCUUCACCAAGCGGGUGUAA